AUGGGUACAACCGUAAUUGAAGACUUCGACGAGGAACCACAUGUAAAUCAACCAAAAACGGAUGAACAAGUAGUUCCGAAUAAAAUGGAAAAUAUUGAGAAGAAAAAACCGUUGAGUUGGCCUGAACCAGGCAAUCGACACGAAUACGAUUACGACGACGAUAUUGUGGAGUAUAAGGAAAGUGAUUCGCUUGAUGAAGCAAAUCAAAAACCUCUCGCAUAUACCUCGGAAAUUAAUCAUUUCAUUAGCAAAAAAAAGAAUGAACCGACCACAAUAUUUGAGUCGUACGACCAUCAUUUGACGCCUUUCUCGAGCACGAUUCGCGUUCCGCCGACCGUUGAAGAAAUCCUUGAAUCACCGGCGUCUCUCUCACCGAUUUCAGAGGCAAAUGAAAAUCUGGAUAAGCUGAGUGAAUCUGCAGCCGUAACUGAAACGACUUCCUCAACGUUGUCGACUCCCGAGAAAGUGUCACCGUCGACGAUCGAUAUGUCCCCGCCUCGUUUCAUCCCAACGAAUGACACAAAUAAAGUGGUUUCACAAGUGAUACCUGAGGACGAAGAAUUACCGACCACAGCAGUUGCUGAAAAACGUGGCGGUGUUGGAGUUAGCAGCCAAAGGAGGAAAGCGGAUGAGAGGGUGACGGAGAAAGAGCAUGCUGAUGAUGAACAAGACACACCACAAGGUCAUGUGGAUGCGGUUGUUUUGGAAAGGCCAAAACCUGAUUUUGUGGGUAAUGCUGAACCAUCGUCAGCAGCGGCCAUCGGUGAAGUGUUGCGAAGGGAAAGUGAUGUAAGUACCACUAAAUUUGAACCAGCUGAGCCGAUUAAACCACCGAAACCGAUCAAAUCAGAUGAACGCGAUGAACCGGUUCAACACUUCUCGAGGCGCAAUUCAUUAGGACCAGGCCGAAUAAGCGGUCGAAAACAUUCGUUGAGGAAUGCUAAUAAACGUCAAAAGGGACGUGCAGAGCCAGAGUUCGUGAUGAACGAGAAUGCUCCAUCGAUAUGCUUGAAAGCUCCAGCAAUGCGCAAGAAGAAAAUGUCUUUGCAUCGAGUGGAACAAACCGGUGUAAAAGUGGAAUUACUGAACGGAAAAAAUAUCGAAGUGAGUUGUCGUUCGGAUGCGAUUGCUUCAGAAGUGGCCGAUGUGGUGAUGAGGCAUAUCAAUUUCAACGAAAAUUCAUUCUUUGGUCUCACAACUUUAAGAGAUGGUGAGCACUUCUUCUUGGAAGAGAAUCAGCGAUUGGAGAAGUUUGCUCCGUCGGGUUGGAAAAACGCGUAUCAUCAUGGGGUUGCGAUCAGGCGGCCGUACAAUCUGUAUUUAAGAACAGAUGUGGUAUUGCACGAGUUGUAUUUGCAACUGAGGCAUGACGUUUUGGAUGACCGAUUACAGCCGCCCAAUGAUGCACUCUACGAGUUGGCCGCACUCGCUCUCCAAGCCGAAUACUCGGAUCGACCGAGCAAUCCGGCACUUCUUGAUUACUUCCAGUUGGAACACUAUUUACCCGAGGCAUCUUCAUUUUUUCUCAUCAUUUUUGCUAAGUUUCGAACUCGAACUUAUCUAUAUGAAAUUUUUUCAGUGAAGCGUUUUCAGCGAGCGAUCGAUCUGAACGAUGAACGUCGUUUAAUAAAAGUUCUAUGCGAACUCCAUAGUCAUUACGGUGGUUUGAAUAGUCGUGAAGCUGAAGCACAAUUCAUAAUGCGUUGCCAAAGGUUAUCAGACUACGGCGGUCAUUUCCAUCGAGUGUACAAGAUGAAGCCGUCGUCGAAUCUCGGCAACACUCCACUCGGUGAUCCACAAACGGGUUUUCCGCAAUGGAUUGGCAUCUUACCGCGGGGUAUUUUGCAGUACGAGGAGCACAGAGGAGUGCGACAUGAAGUUGCCGAACAUUUGUGGCAAGAUACGCAAACGUUGCAGUUCGAUAAGAAACGAUUCGUGAUCGUCUCGGAAUUACAUCAUCCACCACAAAGUGUCUUCUAUACAGAUCAUUAUACC